AUGUUUCUGUCUAGGUCUUCCCGCCAUGAGCGGCAGUUGACGCCUGCUGAGCGUUUCAGAAACAACACCAGAUUCACGACCCCUCCUGAUCAACAAAGUCAAUCUCCCUUGUUUGCUUUACCUGCUGAGAUUCGACAGCUUAUUUUCAAAGAGCUUUUCGGCUCUAAACUCGUCCAUGUUUUCUUUCGUCAACGGGUAGAGAAGUUUGGGCGAGUGGGAGCGCCUGGUAAUGCUAGAAUUCCGGGCUUUGUCCAUUGUGUCUGUCGCCGUGGACGUGGGGCGGUUCCUCACUAUCAUGAGGAGAAGAACCAUAAGUGGUGCUUCUUAUCUACAAGUCUCCUCAAAACUUGCCAGUCUGCAUAUAUCGAAGGCAUCCCAAUUCUCUAUCAAACAAACACUCUAUCAUUUCGAUGUCCUCGCGAUAUUGUCUUCUUCCAGGCUCAAGUCGAAGCCUUCUCAAAACUGACCCAGGCAGUUGAUCUCCACUGCACCAAGACAUCUUCCCGCGACGAGCUUCUUCACCACAACGCUGCUUAUCACCCGUGGGCACUUCCCAGAGGCCAGUUCGAUGCUUAUUUCGAAAUGAUGUGGUUAGAUAAAGACCUUGCCGUCAGUGCAAGACAUGUCCGGCUGUAUUUCGAAACAGCUGAAACGGGCGAUUUCUACGUUGCGUUCAACGUACGGACACUACUACGCUCAGACGUUGUCCCCGCUGCGCAGAUACAGGUCUUUCUGCAGGGCAAUAGCAACAGUAUGGUCGAUGAGAGCAUAAAAUUGACGUCGACAUCUGAUAAACGGAGACGUAUCACUGUUAAUGCAAAUACCAAGGUUUCUGAAUGUCACGGAGAAAUCUCGGACGAAGAUUAG